AUGUCCCUCCUGCAGUGUCCCCGGCAAUGUAAUCCAGCAGAUGUCGGCAUCUGUCAUCUGGGUUCCGUCCCCUGCGAGCGUCGGGAGGUACGGGGAUGGAAUGGCGGGAAAUUUGAAAAUGACAAAAAUAAAACAUUCCUGUAUCAAACCAUUUCACAUACAUUUUGUCCCGAGUGCUUUGUCCUGUGCCCUGCCUGCAUUUUUACUGUUCUUUCUGCCUGAAAACUGAGAAACAUCCAUGGCGUCCAAAAAGCGUCCCUUUAGGUCAAAAGCGGUUUUAGACCGGCUAGAGAACAGCGAUAUUAAAUUAGAACCACUUGCAGAAUUGA